AUGACCCAGCUGCACAAUCCUCGAUUGGUGUUCAACGCCAUCCCACGCGGCCUCCCAGACCCCAAACAUGUGUUCCGCUGCAUUGACGAGCACCUAUGCCUGGAAUCAGCAAGCCUCGAAGGCGGCGUACUCGUCGAGGCAAUUGCUCUCAGCGUUGAUCCAUACAUGCGCAACCGCAUGAGGGAGCCUGACACUCCUGGGGACAUGCCUGCUUUUAGGAUCGGGGAGAUAAUCACUGGAUUUGGCGUCGCAAGGGUAUUGAGAUCGGAUGCUACAGAGUUCCAGGUCGGGAUGCACGUAUAUGGUUUCAUGCCUUUUCAGCGCUAUGCAAUCUUCCCUAGCGGUGACUCGCAGUCCCAUGGCAUGCCCGCCCUUUCUCUCAAGAUCUUGCAAAAUCCUUACAACCUCCCGUGGAGCUACUUUACUGGUGCCGGCGAAGUCAUAUACAUACCGGCCGCCGCUGGUGCCGUGGGACACAUGCUGGUUCAGAUGGCAAAAUUGAAAUCGCUGAAGGUGAUUGCGUCGUGCGGAAGCGACGAGAAGGUAGCUUUCGUGAAAUCCCUCGGAGCUGAUCACGUCUUCAACUGGCGCACAACCGAUCUUCAAACCGAACUCGAGAAAGAAGGUCCAAUUGACAUCUAUUUCGAUGGAGUCGGUGGACGAACACUGGAAAUUGCCAUUGAUAACGCAGCGCAGCGCGCUCGAUUCAUUAUCUGCGGAAUGAUAAGCCAGUACAACACAAGCACAGAAGAGUCGUAUGGGAUCAAGAACCUAUGGCUUCUCAACCGCAAACGAAUCCGGAUGGAAGGUUAUAUUGUCGUCGACUGGGACCAAAAGUACUCGGAAGAAUUCUACGGAACUGUUCCACAACAACUAGCAUCCGGAAAGCUGCAGUAUAAGGAGCAUAUCUAUCAUGGCCUUGAAAGCGCGGGAGAAGCCAUCGUGGAUCAACUGACGGGAAAGAACCUUGGAAAAUCAGUCUUGAUACUUGACGAGACGAAAUACACCGGCGUACCCAAUACGAGUACUUGA